GUUGACAUCUCUACUACUUUAGCCUCUUAUACUCAUGACGCUAAUGUUGGGCCUGGCCAGCUGUGAGCUGCCUGUUGGAAAGCGUCCGCUGAUCUUCAGCAACAGCAAUUGGCCUCCCACGAGCGCCAAGCAAUUAAAUCGUCCAGUCGGAGCUGCAGCUGCUUCCACUGGCAAGCAGCGUACACUGGUUGUGCAGAUUCGCAGUGAUCAGCCAGUUCCAUUGGUUUUGAAGGGUCGUCCUGGCGCACAUAGUCACGCUCAUCAGCAUCUGGCUCCGCACUCACACGCUCACUCUCAUUUGCACGCGCACGGGCACUCGCACGCCCACACGCACCUGUUAUAUGGAGCGCCACCGCAACAUUUACGUGGAUCACGCCCGCUUAAGCUAAGCGCUCCAGUGUAUCUUAAACCCUCCGGUAGCUUACGGAAGCCGCUGAAGAUCAAGCUAAGUAGCUCCAAGCCACAUUCCAAGCCAACUUUCGGAUAUGAGAAGCCCUUUAAGUAUGAGAAACCCACAGCGGUCGCCUACAGCGAGCUGCAGAACUUGCCGGUAAGUACCACAGUAGCGGGCUGGACAUACACUCUUAUCCUUACACACGCCUCACAUGCCCCACAGCUGGACACGCACAACAAUUACAACACCGAGCACUUUGCACCUAUUUAUACGGUACCCGCCCCCAAUCUGGCACUGCAUCACGAUCACGAUAAUCAGAUAGAUGAUGGCCUAGACACCGCAUACUUGCCCCCGCAACACUCGCCCCCACAGAGCACCCAACGUCCACAGUCCCCAGGCUAUGGGCCGCCCGCAGCUGCGGGCAGCUAUUACAGCGUGCAUGAGGAUGAGACAAAUGAUCAAACGAUUCGCGAUCCUAUUUCGGGUUCGCAGAAACUCUUUGCCCCAGAUCCCGACCCAUCGUUGCCAACUAGCAAGGUGAAGGUCGCAACGGAGAGCUUCAACACGCCCAGCAACAACCAGCCACUCCCUUCGGAUGUGCAAAGCAACCAUCUGCCUGCUCAACCUCUGGUUCAGAUUGUGGGUGCCCAGGCGGCUGCUCAAACAGUUCCAAUAUAUCCCAUACAGUUUUCGCAGCAGGCUACACAGCCCUUUAUCGCCGCCGCUGCCUUGCCCGCGGCCCACAUACCCAUCUACAAUCCCACCUAUCUGGUCACCCAGUCUAAUCAGCUCUACACCCAGCACAAGCAGCAGCUAUUCAAGCCCAGCACAGAGCACGUCGUUGAGACCGGAUACGUUAACGCUGAUCUGACGCAGGAGGUAGCCAGCAAUGGCCAAAUUCUGCAGGCCGCCAAGGAUCCUGAACACAAUAUACACCCGGUGUUGGAUACGGCGCCGCAAUAUGCAGCACUGAUUGCCGCGCCAGCGCUGGGUGAGUCUGCCGAGCCCGUCUAUGAGACUGCGCCUUUCCAUCUGGCCAAUGUCGCCGCAGCAGUUGGUUCAACAGCGCCAGAGGGCGGAUUUGUUGUGUCUAACUACUAUGGAAACUCGCACGACUCUUCCCAGCUUCUACAAGCGUAUGCUGAGGAAGAAGCCCGACGACAGCAGUUGGAAACUGAGCAUGCUGCACUUGAGCUGCAAAAGCAGCAGCAGCAGCAGCAGCAGCAGCAGAAACAGAUCCAAUUGGAAGAACUGAACGCACAGGCACAUGCUCAAUUCCAGCAGCAGCAAUAUCAGCAAGAGCUGCAGCAACAGCAAUAUCAGCAAGAGCUGCAGCAACAGCAAUAUCAGCAAGAAAUACAGUUUGAAGAGCUAAAGGCACAGGCACAGGCACAACACUUGCAGCAUCAACAGAAUCAGCAACAACUGCAACUACAGCAACUGCAACAGCAACAACUUGAGCAGCACCAACAGCAACAGCAGCAGCAGCAGCAACAGUCACAAAAUUAUCCCCCAGAUGCAGCGGCCACUGCCUUCGAGGAACAUCAGCGUCUGGUACAGCAGCAACUUGGCAGUAAUACGCCGUUACGUAUUUUUGUUCCAGAUGAGGAAACGUCCGAAACGCAGCGCCUGCAGAAGCGCUCAGAUAAUCCAAAAAAAGGCUCCUUUGAAAAUGUGCCCGCACUAUACGGUAACAAUGCCACAAAGGAUUUGUUUCCCGUUUCAACUUCUGUAGAGGUUUCAGGCGGCCAAAAUGACGCCAGCAGUACAUAAUAAUUUGUUUUUGUUAUGACGUAGUCCUUA